AUGAUUGGGAGAGAAUCACUUUUACAUUUUAUAAUUCUUCUUGCUUGCUCGUUAGCGCAACCAAGUGGGGAACGUGGAGGGUGCUUUUCUCUUUUAAGUGGUAUGGUGGAUGAUAUUAAUGCAGAUAUCGAGAAGAUAACUGGUUUCAACAAUUUGAAAGUUUUGCCUCGUAUCAAAAAUAUUUUACAGAAGGAUUUCUUCCACUACUUUGAGGUUAAUUUGGAACGCGGCUGCCCUUUUUUGAUGAUGAUAAACGAUGCCCAUCAUCAGAUUGUCGAGUUAAGGAUUGUCCAGCUGAAGAAAUACCUUUGGGGCUACUAUUCAAAAGAGGCCAACAUGUAUCCAGAAGAAGGAAUCGACUGUGGGUUAGGGAAGUUAGAUAGUUCCUUAAGUGAAGAACGUAAAACCAUAAUUGCCAAUUGGACUCGUCAUGAUGAUGAAGAUGAGUUGACGUUCUGUGAACCUGAUGAUGAUAGCUCUGGCAAAAUGAUUUACGUGGAUUUACUCAAGAAUCCUGAACGUUAUACUGGUUACAAAGGACCUGCCUCAAAUAGAAUAUGGUAUAUGGUCUACAAUGAGAACUGUUUCAAUGAAGAUUCAAUUACUUAUGGGACAAGUUACCUAGGUCCAAGUCAAUCUUCAUGUCUUGAAAAGCGUGCAUUUUAUCGAAUGGUGUCUGGGCUGCAUAGUAGUAUCAGUGUUCAUUUAUCUUAUCGAUAUCCGUUAAGUCUUUUUUCACGACACCAACCAAUAUCUCGUGAUUAUGAUAGUAAUAAUCCAGGUUGGGGUCCAAAUUUGGAGGAAUUUCGUCGUCGUUUUGAUCCAUCUAUUGUGCCAGAUGGUUUAACUCGAUUGCGUAAUCUUUAUUUCACUUAUUUGGUGGAAUUACGUGCUUUAGCUAAAGCUGCACCUUAUUUGAUGAAACAAACUUAUUUCACAGGAGAUGAGAGAAUGGAUAAGGAAACUAGAUCUGUUGUUACAGAUUUUCUACAAAUAAUUCAAAAUGAAGGGAGUAUUUUUAAUGAACAUCUUUUAUUCGCUGGAGAUAUUAAUGAAGCUAAUAUGUUAAAAAAGCAAUUUCGUGAACAUUUUCGCAAUAUUUCACGUAUAAUGGAUUGUAUUGGUUGUGAGAAAUGUAGAUUAUGGGGAAAAUUACAAACACAAGGUAUGGGUACUGCUUUGAAAAUUUUGUUUUCUGAUACUGUUCGUAAAGAGAAUCCUUUAGAUCAAUCAUCUACUGCCGAACCUAAUUUUCAACUGCGAAGAACUGAGAUAAUUUCCUUAUUUAAUGCAUUUGGUCGUCUAUCUACAAGUAUCGGUGCAUUAGAUGAUUUUUGUGAAAUGAUUCAUGAGUCGCAAAAACAGAAACGGCAUACCGCAUCAGGAUAA